AUGGAUAUUUCGAGUUUACUUGAGGUGCAAGUCAAUGAGGGUCAGGCGUCACCAGAACUCGGAUCGUCAGAUUCAGUUGAUCAAAAACCUAAAAAUUUUAUCCAAUAUCGACCUUCAGAAAUUGUUACGCCGGAAGAAUCAAAAUUUUAUCGUCGUAUGAUUGGAAAUGAUGUUGCUCAAGUACGAUUUCGUAGACUCCAUUGUACAGCUUGUGAUGAACAUAUUGGAUCAGCACCAAUCGAUGCAUACAAUAUGCAAGAACAUCCAAUGCUCAAGACCUUGCUGUGUGCCCAUUGUCGAGAAUUUUACGGUGACGGAGAUUUCGAACAAGGCGAGGACGCAACGGAUAUGUUUUGCCGUUGGUGUGCCAAUGGCGGGAACCUUUAUUGCUGCUCGUACUGCUGUAAUACAUUUUGCGACAAGUGUAUCAAGCGAAAUUUCGACGCUGAGGUACGUGAAAGGAUUGAGGAAGACGAAAAAUGGCGGUGUUUUGUAUGCGAUCCAAAGGAUCUUUAUACACUGAGAGGUGUGUGUCGAGCUUUGUUACUCCACGUAAAAACUGUUACGAGAAUACUAAAGAGUAAUCCUACGAUGUCGCAAAAGGACAUAGAAAACAAAAUGGAACAGGAUGACUCAAAAUGUUGCGUAGGAAAGCGUUCGACCCGCCGUAAGCGUUCAGUAUCAUCAUCCAGUUCGUUAAAUGAUGAUAUUGACCAAGGAAGUUCCGCUAAAAAGAGCAAAGUCAAAAACGGCUCCAAUAAAAACCGUAAAUCUACAUCAAAAGACCAUAAUUACACCAACAAACCAAUGCAAGUGAUUUCAAAUGGAAACACAAGAUUUUUAUCUUCUACGCGGUUUUUGCCUGCAGAACCAAGCCCACCCGCUCACAUUUCCGACAAGGACGAUAUACCUGCACCUUUGCUGCACUUUGAGCAGACGAUGAUCGAAGGGGACGGACAAGUACUUCCUAACCAGCCAAACGCUAAAAUACCAGACUCUAUUCUGAACAACAGUGCGAUCUCACUGAACCCGAUCCCCAAAAAUCUGUUCCACGGGCCACCGGGUAAUAUUAUAAACCUCCGUCCGAUAAGACUAGACUCAGUGCCUCCCGGAGCGACGCUACACCGACUUGCAAGGAUACCCACCCGACCUAACGCUCCAAUGGUGACUAUUCCCGGGCGAAGUGUUCCUAUAACUACUGCCAACGUCAAUCAGACCCCCAAGACUUUUUUGAGAUGCAAGAAUCUCACGGCUCUCCCCACGGUGGCUCUAACUACGCCUAAUUCGACGACUCCCAGUGUCAUAGACAUCGACAGCGACCCCGAAGAGCUCCCAGUUACCAACAACACCACCGAAAGCUCCAAAGCUCAGCAGACCUCCGGUCAAACUGUUAAAGUUAUCAAUCCUGUGGCACUAGCUAAUGCCGGACUUGAAGACCGAUCACCGAUAAUGUCUCUAGACAAUCCUCGGAGGAAGGUAUUUGAUGAUGUUAUUUACAACCCUAUUAAAGAAGUUGAUAAAUUAAUUACUAAAAUUCGAGGAAAGCUAAGGAUGGAGUUAAAAAAGGCAGCUGGAAAUUUGGCGGACAAUGAAGCUCAUAAUGCUAGAGUUAGGCUUGCUACUAUUAAUCGGUGUAUUUAUCAAGCUGUUGAUGAAUUGUCGGCUUUUAAUAACACUAUGAUUCAGCAGUAUCGACCCUGGAAGGAGUCUUUAAUUACUGGAGACCCGAUUGAUGAAAAUACUAAUAAAAUUGUAAUGAAAAAAGGAGAGCGGAGUAUUAAAUACACGCCUUUUGAUAUGGACUGCGAGAGUGAGUCAGAUUCUGAUAAUGAGCUAGAUGAAGUUGAUGAUGUUGAUGUGGAACAACUGAUUGAUUUUACGGGUAAAGUUAGACAUUUUCUUGAAAAAGACAUGAUAAAUCGGAGCACUAAUACUGAGAUUCAGACUAAAAGCCAGGGAGUGCAAGUAGAAGAGAUUAUUGAGACCAAGGACUAUGAUAGGACUAUCGGGUACUCGUUGCUUAUGAGGACGGACUACGACUUUGAAAAGAGAGAAGAAAUUUAUAAACCUACCAAGAUUCAUGAUCAUAAUUUUGGAAAGUAUGAGGAGCAGUUUAUUUUUUAUUUGCAACAUCUGGAGAAUCGGGGUGAAGAUGAAGACACUGAAGAUGUUGUUGAGAAAGUACCGCUGACUGAUUUAAUUGACAAGGAUAUCGCGAGACAAGAAAAGACUAUUGAAGAAGAUUGUGAUCGAUCUCCGAGGUUGGAUGAAGUUAGUGAUGAGAAGGAAAAAGAGAAUGAUGUUGAUGUCGAUGUCGUUGACCUCGGAGAACCCGUUCGAGGAAAAACUCCGGUUAAUAUAAUUGCCGAGGAGCCAGGUGUUGAGGAGAGUGAAAAAAAUUCUGAUGAUACUAGAGUUGAUACGUCGUCUCAAGAUGAUAUUGAUGUGGUCAAUGUCAGUGGCGAGGCGAUGGAUGUUGAAGAAAAUGUUGACAGACCUUCUGAGCCUAGUUUGGAGACUUUGAACGACUGUAAUGGCGAUAAAGAAAUUUCUGAUGGUAAUGAAAUUGAUGAGGAAAAUUUGAAUAUUGAAGUUACGAAUCAUAAAUCACCUGAACCAUUGAAUAAUAAUUCAUCGAUAGAACUGGAUGAUGUUCCUGGAGUUUCUCCCGCUAAAUCAUUGAAUGACUCGCGGGAAAAUAACGAGGAUAAAUUGACAGCGAGUCAAGAAGCCAAACACGAGGAAACUGUGAUUGCUGUUAAAACUUUAAUUGAAGAAAACAACAGUGUUGAUCAAUUUGAUAGAUGGAGAAACAAUGAUGAAGAAGACGAGUGUAUGGUUCUUGACUAA